AUGAGUACCGUGACACCAACAACUAUACCAACGACAACAACGACAACAACAAGAUCAACAUCACCAUCUACAACAGGAGGGACGGGAGCAGUAUCAAACUCUACACCAACAACAACAACAACAACAACAACGACAACAACAACAACACCCUCGGUUGGAACACAAAAAUCUAAUUUAUCAUCAUCACUGAAAGGAGUUCCAAUUUCACCUACUCCAACAUCGCCAUUACCAACACAAAUUUUAUCACCAUCAUCUCUAUCAUCAUCUUCAUCAUCGACAUUUUCAUCAUCAUCAUCAUCAAAAUGUACCAAAAUAUUUGUUGGAGGCAUAUCAUGGAAGGCAGAUGAGAAUACAUUAAAAACUUAUUUUUUACAAUUUGGAAAUGUUUUAGAAUGUAAAAUUAUAAUGGACUAUAAUACAAAUAAAUCAAAAGGAUAUGGUUUCAUCACUUUUGAGAAUGAAGAUUCAAUUGAAAAAGUUAGGACUUCAAAUCUACUAUUCAUGGGUAAAAAUAUGAAUAUCGGAGAUCCAGUUAGAAAACAUAAUGGUAGUAUUGGUUCAAAUAAUUUAUUUAAUGGUGUUUCAAUGAGUAAUGGUUAUAUUGGUAAUGGUGGUAUUAUGAAUGGAAAUAAUGGUAUUAAUUAUAAUGGUCAUCAACAAAAGUUACAUCAUCAUCAUCCACAUGGUCAAAUUAUUUAUGAUCCACAACAAUCACCAUCACAAACACAACAACAACAACUUCACCACCUUCAUCAUCAUGGACCUAAUAGUGGUGGUAAUUCACCGAUUUCCACAUCUCUUCCAUCUUCGACAUCUUCAACUCCAAAUAUAAUUUCUGCUCAUCAUUAUGGAAAUUCAAAUGGAAAUUUAAAUAAAGUAAUGUCAUCAUUUAGUUCAUUUAAUAUUAGUGAUAAUUCUUCAAUAAAUAACAAUAAUAAUAAUAAUGGUAAUGGUAAUGAAAGACAAAGUGCAAAUAAUACUACUAUUGGUGGUGGUGGUGGAAAUAAUCACAAUGGUGUGAAUAGUGAAAAUGGUAGAAUACUUUCAAGAAAUAACCAUAACCAUAAUAAUAGCAAUCAUAUUAGUCAUAGUCAUAAUAAUCAUAACCAUAAUCAUACUCAUCAUAAUCAUAGCAAUGUUGGGAUUGGUGGUGGUGGUAGUGGUAGUGUUAGUGGGAACAUUCACAAUCCAAAUUUAUUAAUUGAACAGCAACAGCAACAACAACAACAUCUACAGUUACAGCAACAACAGCAACAACAGCAACAACAACAACAACAACAACAACAACAACAACAACAACAUCCAUAUACUCAACAACAUAUGAUGAAUGGUGGUAUUCAAUAUUAUUAUCCUAGUCCAUAUGGUGAGCCAUUUUAUCAAACUCAUCCUCAUCACCCAUCUUAUCAAAUUUCAUACCAAAAUGGGCCCCCAAUGAAUACUCAUCAUCCUCAUAUCCCACAUCACCCACACCAUCCUCAUCAACUUCCACAACAUCCAUCACAUCAGCAUAUGCAUCAUCCACAACACCCACAUCAUCCAUCACAUCAUAAUGGUAAUGAUAUAAUUAAUGGAGUUGGUGGUGGUGGAGUUUCAACCAAUGUUGGAUUAAGUGGUAGUGGUGGAAUUGAUAAUGAAAUUGACUUAAUUCAACAACAACAGCAACAACAACAACAUCAACAACAUCAACAAUCACAUCAGCAACAACAACAACAACAACAACAUCAACAUCCAAUACUUCAACAUUCAACUUAUUUUAAUACAUCACCACAACCAUAUAUCGGAGGACAUCAUCAAUAUUAUUCUUCAAUGUCUCAAGCACCACCAUCAAUUCCACCACCACAUUCAUUAUCUGGUCAAAAUAAUCAACCUCAAAUUGGCUUUGAUUCUUAUUCUCACCAUCAUCAUCAUCAUCAUUAUCAACCAUCAUCACUAGCUAAAGAAAAUGUUAAAACUAACAACAAUAGUAGUAGUGGUGGUAGUAGUAGUGGUAACAACACCAAUAAUAACAAUAGUAAUGCUGGUGGUGUCACAAGUAGUAACAGCAAUAGUAAUACUAAAAACAACCUAAGCAACAGUGGGAAUCAAAUUUACUUUCGUUAA